AUGUUUGGAGAUGGUAAUAAGGAUAAAGAGGUAGGCUCCUCUCCUAAAGAGAGAGACCUUCCUGUAGAAGUCGUCCUUGAGGGACAACUUCCCCUAAUCACUUUCAAAGCUGAGAAGGAAAUCCCAGGGUUUCCUAAAGAGAUACCCUUGUCAAAGUCUUCAAUUUGUUUAAGAGGAAAUGAGGACCUUCAUGGGGUUCUUCUUCUUCAUCUAGUCUCAAAAAAUGGAGAG